UAAUUGCUUAGGCAGCCAAAACCACCCACACAAAAGAGAGAAAGGCAUCAGCCAGCUUGGAGGAACCUCAAGAUUUGCAUAAGUACAAAUUUGCAGGUGAGGAAUGAAGUGAAUGGAAACCUAAAUACCACCACCCCAUACCACAACAUUUUGUUGCAGAUCUCGCUUAUACUUCUGAUAACUGAUCACCCGGGCAGAGCAUUACAUUUCUAGAUGCCUGUGGAUUUAUUUAUUUUCUGAAGUACCUGCUACUUGCACAAAAAAUGGUACCUUAUUGUGAAAAGGGAAGAGCCACAGCUCAGUGGUAGAACAUCUACUUUGCACGUACAGAAGACCCCGGGUUCAUUCCCUGACUUUUCCAAGAAGGGCUGGGAUAGACUUCCUGUCUGAAACCCUGGAGAGCUGCUGCAAUACUAAGCAAUAAGCACUUUUGGUAAUACUGGUCCGACUCUGUGUAAGGCAGUUUCCUAUGUUUGUAUGAGAUAUUUUGAUUACAGGUCCAGGAUUUUAACAAAGCCUUCACAAUAACAUUUUAGCAGCUAGCUUCAGAGUUUUGCUGCAACAACAAAGAGUUAAGUGCAUCAGUUCUGUGAGACAUGCAUAUGUCACCACAGCACAAUUCAAGUGUCCCUUAAUGAUAGCAUCUUUUUUCUGGUUCACAAAAGGUAUUUCACAUUUACUUGGAUCAGUACAGGGGGGGUAGGAAGCCAGCAGCAGCGAGAAAGUCCUUGCCUGGAAUUAAAUCUUCUUUCCAGAAGCAUUCUACUGUCCCCGUUCAGCAGAUGGCAUUCUCAUAUUCACAACACCUUUUCCUUACAUGUUCCAGGGCUGACCUCUGUUCCGUUACAACCGAGUCACACACCACCAACCCCUCAAACACUUUUAGUAAAAUCAUCUCCUUUGAGAGGGUGCCAAAUUUGGAUAUGGAUGAGGAAGUAUCUAAGGGGAAGGGCUGUUGUUCAGUGGCAGAGCACAUGCACAGCAUGCAAACAGCCCCGGACACCAAUCCCCAACACUUCCAAGUAGGGCGUGGAAGCACCUCCAUCUGAAACACUGGGUAACAGCUGCCAGCUGUAGAUACCAUUGAGAUGGAUGGGCCAACAGCCUUUGGGCUCAGUUAAGAAAUAUGUCAGAUCUCUUAAAAGAAUUCUGCAUGGCUCUAAGACUCUGCUGCUUGCUUGCCACGAUCCUCAAGUAUCUUAUUUUUCCUUUUAAUAAUUUCAAUGGGGGGGGGGGGGUGACAAGAAAUUUUCUGUUCCGGGUACCACCUGACCUUGCUACGCCACUGGUCACAGUGCAAGAACCUUUUAGCACCGAGUACAUCAGGGAUGAAGAACCUGUGGCCUCCACAUAUUGCUGGACAACAACAUCUGUCAUCCCUUGACCGUCGCCAUGCUGGGAGUUGGGAGUCCAACAACAAUCAGAAGGAGCCAGGUUCUCCAUCCCUGGUGUACAUUAAAAAUAUGUUUUGUUAUAACUUUGAAUAAUAAUAAUAAAAAAACCCCAGCAUAUCUAAGCAGUGUAGGACUUGGAAGACCUACUAUUAGAUAUAGGAAAAAGGAAAGCCUCUUUUUCCUGCGUUACAGUCAUCUCCCACAUGGUGGAUGUUGCAAGCCUUUUCUUCUUUCUGUUUCUAAAAGCACAUGGUUCUUUUCCUCAAGCAACCUAAAGAGUCUUUCCUUCUGCCUCUGUGCUCUCCCUUCCUACCUUUCUGGUUAAUGUGCCACUUCCUCACCAUCACCACUCACCCUUUCUCUUCCUGCAGUUUCUGACCCAUUCUGUAACUCCAUACUCGGCAGCAUGGAAAGAUUUGUAAAGAAUGAAUACGCACACACAAACACAGGCAGAGCAUUUCCAAUAGCGAAUGAAUGGGAAUCUCCAGAAGCUGCGGGAUAUGCAUUCAUGUCAAGCAUUGUAUGGGCCCAGAAAGCUACAGCCACUGUCGUUCUGCUCUCCUGUGAACAGCAGGGAGCUUUCUGGAUAUCACGCACAUGUCAGAUGUUGCAAACAGCUGACCAUUCCCAAGAAAAGCAGGCAAAAUGCAGCUGUGGCAGUGGAAGGCUCUGUUCAUUUUUAUCUACUAGGAUGCAGAACAAAAGAAAAACUUCACGGUCCAUUAAGUGCUCUGUAGCGAGCUAAAGGUAAGUGAUCAGAGCUGUGCAGAACUCAGACAUUCUUUGGGAAUCGAGGAAGGUGCCAUUCGAAGUUAGACCACUGACCCAUCUAGCUCAGUUUUGUUUACGACGACUGCCAGCAGCUCUCCUGGGUUUUAGAUGGGGGGACAACCCCAGACCUACCUGAAGCUGCCAGGGAUUGCACCUGGGAGCUUCUGAAUGCAAAGCAGAUGCUCUACCACUGAGCCACGGCUGUUCCCCAAUCCCCAACAUGCAUAGAUGCAACUGCUUCUGCCCACCUCCAAAGUAAUCUUAGAUGUAAUCCCUGAAAACCAGUUAUCCAAACUACUUACUGUUCCAUUAAAAAAAAAAAGUGUAUUGCCAAUGUAGCAGAAAGGAGGGGAUGUCAGCUCAUAUUAGCAAUAAUUCAUAAUACGGUAAUAAUGAUAAUAAAAUAAUAAUAGUAAUAAUAAUUUAUUAUUUAUACCCCAGCCACUCUGGGCGGCUCCCAACAGAUUAUUAUUCAUAAUAAUAAAACAUCAACCAUUAAAAACAACCCUAAACAGGGCUGACUUCAGAUGUCAGAUCGUUGUUUAUUUCCUUGACAUCUGAUGGGAAGGUGUUCCACAGGGCGGGUGUUGCUACCGAGAAGGCCCUCUGCCUGGUCCCCUGUAGCCUCACUUCUCACAGUGAGGGAAUUGCCAGAAGACCCUUGGAGCUGGACCUCAGGGUCCGGGGCUGAACGAUGCGGGGGGGGUGUGAAGAUGCUCCUUCAGGUAUCUUAAAACACACACAGGUCAUUUUCUCCCUGUGUUUCAAGUUUCAUUUUCACAUCGCUGUACACACCAGGGAGGUGUGGGGAUGUCUUCACCCAACAAACCUUACCCAAUUUGUUUCCCUGCACUUGUAACACCCCCUCCAAACUCCUAUUCAAUGAAGCUGUUCUCUGCACAUGUGCAGGGGCUGCCUUGAACGUACACACCUCACCUUCCAUUUUCAAAUCAGAGGGAAGCUGGUUUGAGGAGAAAUACAUCAAAACAGAAGUAUUCCAUUAAAAACUACAGCAUACAUAAGAAUUAUGGCUAACAUCUUGUGUGGUCAGCUUCAAACACAAGUGGUGGAGCAAACUGAAGGCAGAGUAAACCAUAAAGUAUACACAUCAUAAAUCUCUUUUGCAACCAUAAGGUUGCAAAAAAUAUUAUCUAUUUUCCUUGUCCAUCUGUUAGUCCCACAUCACAGGAACAGGAUUUUUCCAAAGCAAAGUUAAUACAAAGAACAAUUUCUGACCAAAACUAAACACCACAGUACAAGCAGCAUCCUACGCCUCAGAAAGGCAUUCUUAGCAUUAUAUCAUGCAUAUCUGUAACAUAACUCUCACAGUCCCCUAGAUCAGGGGUGGGCAGAGUUAAGGGCUGAAGAAGUAUAUAAAGGGAAGAGCUGUCAGUCAGCUGUAGAGAACAUGCUUUGCAUACAAUAAGUCCCUGUUUCAACCCCUGGCGUCACUAAGUAAGUCUCUGCUUUUUAAAUAGUGCUCCAAGAUUUACCUGCUAAAACCAGGUGCAAAAGAUAUACCUUAGGGAGAUCUACAGUACACAUUUAAAGUACAUACAGUGCACAUUUGCAGCACAUUCUCCCCCCCCCCCCAAAGAAUAUUGGAAACUAUACUCGCCCCAUCACAAAGCUACAGUUCUCAACAGCUUUCAACACCCUUUACUAAAGUUCCCAGAAUUCCUUGAGGGAAGUCAUGCUAUUUAAAUGUGCAUUGCAUGUGCGCAUUUGGAUCUGCCCCAUUAGAAUUAAAAAGGCCCCUCAGAGCACAUUCUCAGCUAAAGCAUUUGUUUUCUGUUCCAGAAGUGAACUCUGUUCACAGUCCUUUCACACACAAAGUCCACCCCUAGUUAGCUUUCUUCACUUCAGCAGUCCAAUUUGGGUGGGAAAAACAUUUUUGUUGUUGCUGCUAUAGUCAAGCAACAACGGAUCUACUGCAAAUCAGAGGUCUACCGGUAGAUCCGAAAUCUACCUUCCACGCACUCUCACCGAUUUCAAUAUAUACUUCUGCAGGGCUAUUUCUUAACAGUGCACGCGUGCAUGCAUGCAUAUUAAGGCUCCGUAGAUAUUCCUCUGAUGAAAUGCAUGCAACUGAAAUCUCUCCCUUCCAAAAGCAAUUAAUUUACCGGGUUCCAGAGAGGCAGGCACCGAUCCACGCUUCUCCUACAGCCAAUGCAAAUACGCGCCGCUUCUCGACGGGACUUUCAACUAUAGCGCUUCAAAGCUUCUCUUGAUUAACCUCCCGCAGAAUCGCACAGGAAAUUCCUUCACGCACUACACUCUUAUACCUGGGCUAAUGGCACUUUGGUCCACGACUGUUCUAUCUAGUCCCCCAAAUCGACAGGCGCCCCCCCCCCCCGGAUCCGUACAGCCCGGCUUCCCCUCGUACCAAAAGCAACCUGCCUUAUCUUAAAAACCGCAUAACUCUCGCUGCCCGUUAACAUCGCCACCAAAUCAUAUUGACAUUCCACUUGCAAAAUUCAUCGUUAUAUCCAGGAGCGCGCGGGCCGCGCGCUCACAUACCCGCUCUUUCCCCCCGCCCCAUCUUAACAGAUCCUCUUCCCACUCAAUUAUAAAGCAAGAGCUAAGCAGGCAAACAGAUCCCCCCAAACCCGAUCCCCCCCCGCAUGCAACCUUUGCUCUAGACAUCUCCUUCUGCAACAAUACAACCGUUGGGACCCCUUAAAAAAACACCAGGCCUCCCCCUAGUAACCUCGGCAAGACUUCCCCAUUUGCAGCACCCGUCGGAUCAGAGAAAUGAUCUCGUCCUCCUCGGAUCAGAAGGAUCCAGCCGCAGAGUCCUCUCCGGGUCUCCAAACUCACCCGAUGCGGAACAGGAGGGGACCCGCCAGAGCCAUGGGCAUUCGGGGAAAGCGCUGCCUGGCCGCGCACCGAUGGAAAGCGCCGCUCAGGGCCCUGCAAGAAGAAGCGGCGAAGGUUGCAAGCAGCGCUCGGAUCCGCAGCAGCCAGCCCAGCCAAGCCAUGCUCUGCGGAGGGAGCGCGGCAAGCAUCGGACCCGCCCCCCGCCCCUGCCUUUAAAACAGCCCUCCCACCUCCAGCGCCAAGCACGCAGCCGGGCCCGCCCCCUCGGAGCGCCGUCUGGCUCAGAGCCGGAGCCGCUUCCUGCGCGGCUUGGGAUGCAGUGCCCCCUGAGGAAUCUGGCCGUAAAUGCCAGCGGUGGUACCCUAGCGGGAUGCGUAGGGCACUGGUAAAUGAAGAAGCCCAAGGCUUCAAGAAAAAUAAAGACAGAAAAUGGACAAAAGUACAGAGAUUCACAGUAUGUUUAGGGGUAUGUGUACCCCUGCAUUUCCCCCCGAAAAAAAGCAUUGGUAUUAGUAUUAACAAUAAUUUUAUUAAAUUUAUAUACCAACCUUCAAGAAUCACAUUAUAAAAACGCAAAAAUAUGAUGACAAAUCUGGUUCAUUUCCACAACAGCGAAACUGGAUUUAGUAAACUUUUUUCUCUCCCUGUGUCUCUUUAUAAUCAUGCCCUAUUACAUCAUAAAUGUGCAGCCUUGACCUGCUUUCAACCUGUUGUUUUCUCCAGAUGUAUUGGGCCACUGCUCUCACCAAUCACUGCCAGCGUGGCUUAAUGGCCAAGGAAGAUGGAAGCUGUGGUCCAACAAUAACUGGAGGACGUCAGGUUGGAGAAUCCCUUCUUCCCCAAGAUAACUGCAAUAUACCCGCAAUUAAGAACACAGAACAGCUGUAUCAUAAAACAAUGAAAAGUGCAGCCAAAUCAGACAAGGCAUAUAAAAACAGCUGAGUAUCUUUGAAAAGACAAGUUGAACCUACUGCCCCAGCCUCUUUAAUGGCGGGGCUUUCCUCCCCUGUAAAGAAGUCAGUGGCAUUUCCCUGGUGCACAAAGAGCAAUGUAAUAUUUUCCUACAGUUCCCUGACUCCACACAAGUGUGUUUGUUUUAGUUUCGAAAGGCAGUGUGUGCACUGUGGCACCUACUGAUUAGAGUCAAUAGCAUCAAAUUUCCUUCUCAUUUUUGAGCAUGUAAAACAGAGUUUACCCAGUAAAUACGAUGCAUUGAUAACUUAGGCUGCAAGUCUAUGCAUACUUACCUGAGAGUUAAACCCAUUGAAUAGAACAAACCUUACUUCUGAGUAAACAGGAUUGCACUUGUUAGGACACUGCUUUCUGCUGCACCACUUCAUUUUUAAAAAAGAGAUUUGUUGCUGUUUUUGCAAACACCUGUGAGUUUAAUCAUUGCACUAAUUCUGAGUCACGGUGCACGUUUGCAGAACAGUAAUGCCCUCUGAACGGUAUUUACGCUAAAGUAAAUAUAGCUAGGUUUUUGAAGUCCUUUCCUUCCCAAGACUGUUGCAUACAUUAUUAUUGUUAUUAUUAUUAUUAAUUUCAUUUCCAUACAGCUUUAUAUUUUUCAGAAAAAAAUCUCAAAGUAGUUUUCAACCUACGCUAAAGCAUCAAACAAAACAAUCCUGAGGAAAACAUUACAGAAGAAAGUCAAAUAUAAAGUAUACAUUCAAAGCAACAUAAUUAACAGGAAACAAAAAUAUUAUCUUAAAGAUUUUAAAAUAAAGCAUUGCAAAGGAGGUCAACCACAGAAUGCACACUUAAAGCAGCAAAGUCAACAACAACAAAGUUAUCGUAAGCAUUUCAAAUGACAACAUUACUAAAGGAAGCCAAAUAUAAAAUGCACAUUUAAAACAAUGUAUGUAGUCUACAGCCACAUGUCUACUGUAAGGAUGACCAUGGACAUAGUCAGGGGGGGCAGCUGCCCCCCUAAAUCAAGUAAAUAAAAAAUACUUAACUAAAAUAGAAAUUGUAGAAAGAUUUUGACAUAUUUUUCUGAGCAUUUGGAGUCAAAAGAAAUUAAUUUAAAACAACUGUUGUUGAGACAUUUACCGGUAAUUCUUAAUCUGCUAGACAGAGCCAGACAGAGGAUGAUGACAGGUGGGUGUCCUGCCCCCCCCCAACAUAAAUCCUGGCUACGCCCAUGAGGACAACUACCAUAACCAAGGGAAGCCAUACUUACUUCCGCCUAUCCAAGUGUUGAAGCAUAUAUUUACUUUCUGAUGGAAGCCCUUAAUGUGCUUGAUGCAUAGCAAUAAUUAAUCAAUUUAAGGGCAGGGACAGCUCAGUUAGUAGACUUUAUUUUUUUAAAAAAACAAACUCACCAAAUGGCAGAGCAUUGCUCUGGAGAGAAGAGUAACCUUGGGUGAUUGUUGUUUUUUACCACUAUCUUUUUAUUUUAUUUUUAAGGUGCUGUAUGCGCAUUCAUUCACUUGGGUAUAACCAUAGAGGCGAACUCAGCCUCUAAAGAAUUGUUUGUGUAUAAAUUCAAGCUUAUUUAUAUAUAUAUAUAAAGGAUCACUAAAUGCCAUGAGCAUGCCAAGAAUUGAAUGGUUUGCUACAAUUAUCUUGAACUUGAUAUUCAUAUGAUUGUGGCAUGCUUAUCUAUCCAAUACUAUUUUUCAUAUUAUUUCACCAUCCUGGAGAUCACUGGAUUAUCUUUUUUCCUUUUCAUUAUUUAUCUUUAUCCAUUAGUUCCUCUUACUUAGUCUUUCAGUACUACCAAUCAUAUCUAUGCUAAUGAUACCCAGUUGUUUCUACCUCCCCCCCCCCUUCCUUUGCUGAUCUCUCACCUGUUUUGCAUUUAUCUCAAUCUCCAUGCUGCUGGCUCACAGCUCACUGGCUUAGAGACUGACCCCAGCCUUCCUAACUGGGUGCCCUCCACCUGUUUCUUCUGCAAUUCUCAUCAGCCCCACUCUGCACAGUCAAUAGGUCAUGCUGGCUGGAGCUGAUGAGUGAAGUCCUAAUCAGGUGGAGAGGGCCAGGUUUGGAAAGGCUUUCAUAGAAGACAGAUCCUUUCAGAUUCUUACAAAGUAGGCUGGGCAGAGGAAGGAGACAAUAUAAGCACAGAACGGGGACAUCUCACCCUGCCUGAUUGUAAGAUUGACUCUCAGGCACAUCUAAAAGCACUUCUUUGUUUGCUUAUUGAGGAAAAUGGCAAAUCAAAAGAACCAGAAUUACAGAAAUUCUUCCAGGCAUAUUAAGAAAUAUCCCCCUCAUUCCUUGACUGUUGUACUAGCCUGAGCCACCAGAUGGUGCAGCAGUACAGUGGCAAUAAAGUUUGUUUCUGUCUCUCUCCACGAAUGAACAAACAAUGCGUGCACACCAUUUUUAUUCAUUUUUAAUGCAACUUAUGCUGUUGGAUUUGUUUUUUGUGAUGCAGAAUCUUCAGUGCCAACUGUGAGCAGAAUUUGCUUCUACGAAGAAAACUCUGGGAGCUGAGUUGCUUCCUGGAAACUGUAUCCUGACAUCAUUUGCUCAGAGCUCUCUGCAAAGGGGGGACUCGCCCGUAUGCUGGCGUUCGCUGAUAUCUCAGGGAAGAUGCACAAGGUCGAAAUAAAUAUGCACAGAGCAGGAGGGAGUAGUCAGGCUUAAUGAAUGGUUUCCCCAAUAAAUACUUGCAAGCUUUUAUGCUUAUUCUCAAAAGAUGCUUCUUCAAGAUCACCUUCAUCUGCGGCUCACAUCCCAUUUUUCAGCUUCAUUUGCUUUCGUUCUAUUUUGUUGUCGCCCUUAUAAUCUACUCUGUGCUCCCCUCCCCCCUGUCUGUUUCUAUGGCAACACCAAUAUCAUGAAGAUGGUUUUAGAGUUUAGUGACAGCCGCACAAGACAUCAGACAAUUAAGGAUCUCUAGUAGGGUUUGGCUUUGCUGACACCUAGAACACUGCCUUUAAAGCUGUGCACAAUAUAUUUAGAGCAGUGCAGUGCCUUAACUAGCGUGGUGCCUUUCUGCAUCUGUAAAUGAGUGAGGGACAAAACAGAUAGAUUUAACAUUUGCUUCCUUAAACGUUUCAUCACUCAGUUCCUUCUCUCCCCUCACCAUUGCAUAUGCAUACUCCAGGCCAACUCCAUCCCUGCAAUGACCCACAUUCAUCCUGACAGCUGCUCAUAAUCUUGACAGUGCCAGCUGAGCCCCGGCAAUCUCAUCUUUCUGUUUUCAGGAGGAUGGAGUGAAUGAAUGACACGCCAUACAUUUAAAGCACACAAGUUCCCCCCAAAGAGCCCUGGGAACAGUAGUUUGCUAAAGAUGUAGUUCUGUCCAGGGUAAACUACAGUUUGCAGAAUUCUUUGUGCUUGAAAUGUAUGGCCUGCAUGCAACUUCAGUAUGGGAAUCUGUCCUGCGCAUCUGUUUGAAGCUGGGGGAGGGGUUGAGGAAUGCAGUCUUUUGCCCUGUCUCUUGCAAGUUACUUCUGGGUAGAUGUACCGGUAUCUAGGAUUGCCCUUACUGAGUGGUGUUGAGCAGAGUAGACCCAUUCAUAGCUGUCAACUUUCCCCUUUUUUUAAGGGAAAUCCUAUUUGGAAUAAGGGAAUUUCCCUUUAAAAAAGGGAAACGUUGACAGUUAAUAAAUAGGCACUUAAUAAAUAGGUCCAUUCAUUUCAGUGGGUCUGCUCUGAAUAAAAUGUAGCUGAAUACCCUAAAUCAACAAAAGAGCUAUCAUUUUACUGAAAGCUUAGGGCUUCUUCCUCCCUCAUUUAACCAAGGUGCCUCCAGGCAUGUGCUUAACUUGCAGUAUUGGUAAUAAUCCAAUCUUGCCUGAAGGCAGAGAAGACAUGGUUGAACUGACUGUAGUUAGAUUUUUGCUUUGGGACAUAGUGGACAAAACAUAAAGAAUAAAAGAUGGAGAGACAGAAAGGAAAGGAAAGUACAGGUAUGGAAAAAAGGAGACUGAAUAUAUAAAGAUGGAUGUAGAAAUGUCCAUGUGGGGAUGCAGCGUCUGAUGUUUCAGGACAACUUUCUCCCACCAACUGCAUCUAAAGUAACUUAACAAACAGUAUGUAUAACAACCAGCUGUUUAUAUAUAUUAACUAUCUGUGUAAUGCUAGAAGUAUCCUCCAGCUGUACCAUUUUUUAAAAUAGGAUAUUAGUUCUCUUGCGUUGGCCCUAAUAACUUUCCAUUCAUAAGGAUGAACUGAAAUUCUGAAAAAGUUUACAAUACUGGAUUAGGUAAAUGGUAAAGGUAAAGGACCCCUGGACUGUUGUCCAGUAAAACGCGACUAUGGGGUUGUGGCGCUCAUUUCUCAGGCCAAGGGAGCUGGCAUUUGUCCACAGACAGCUUUCCGGGUCAUGUGGCCAGCAUGACUAAAUCACUUCUGGCGCAACCAGACACCAUGACGAAUGCCAGAGUGCAGAGAAACACCAUUUACCUUCCCACCAUAGCUGUAUCUAUUUAUCUACUUGCACUGGCAUGCUUUCGAACUGCUAGGUUUGCAGAAGCUGGAACAGAGCAACAGGAGCUCACCCCGUUGUAUGGAUUUGAACCACUGACCUUCGCAUCAGCAAGCCCAAGGGGCUCAGUGAUUUAGAUCACAGCGCCACCCGCUCCCCUAAAAUACUGGGUUAGCAUUGAAUAAUGUUGAAAGAAAAGCCAGAUUUGUUAACCAUUGAAAAAAAAUGUUUAAGAUGACAGAGAGACGGACAUGAUGCUGUUAAAAGUUCAUCACUGAAGUGUCCUACUCCCAAAGAAGAGCCAGUUUAUUCAUAGAACUCUUUCAUUAGUCACAGUGAUGAGUUACUCUUCUACUUAGAACUUCUCUGUAUGAUAUAUUCUUGUGUAACAUCUGUGGCUGGGACUCUGCAUGUCCUAAGUCCUCAAAAGUGCCAUGUUUUGCACUUAGGAAAAUGUGAUAUUUCCCCCAUAAGAUUUUGUAGCCAUAAGAUUUUGUUUGAUUCAACUAAGACACAAACGCCAUCAGAUGUUGAGUCCUUUGCUACUGUGAUGGCUUUAUGGAAUGUGACUACAUGCAUGCCAGGGGUACCAUUUGCACCAUUUUUCUACUACAGUAACAGAACAGGCCCACGGUAUUUUGUGAGCUUCCUUGUUAAGGUAUUCCUUUGGUGGCUUUGAAUUCACUAAUUGUGUGACCCCAAUGCAGGGGUGCUUAGCCAGCAAUAAAUGGAGAAGAACAGCAGCAAGGCUAUCCAUAACCCAUAGUCUGGGGUGUGUGUGUGUGGGUGUGUGGGUGUGUAAAACACCACUAAUUUAAUUUUGCUUUUCUGAAGCAACAUUUGGAAUCAAUGUUCAGCAAGGUCUUUCCUGUUGCCGAGCUAUUCUUCCUCCUCAGCCAUUACAUGCAGUCAUUAUACUGUCAUUGGAUCAGGAAGUAUGAGAAUAUUGUGCAAAGGAUGGUGUAUGUAGACGUGCCUUGUUUGGUUGCGCAGACCAUUGAAAACAGAACUCCACGACUAUACCUUUUAUAUUCUGAUCACCUGUUCCUAAUUCCCAGCUCAUGCCCUCCUCUCCCUUUGUGUUCUUCCCUGUUAGAAUUCCGUGCAUGCUAGAAUCCUGUGAAAAGCUUCUCUCAAUGCUACCAACUCAUUCUGUCACUUUAAGAGGCGGGGAGGAAGGCUGUUGCUGCGGAAACCAGUGAAUACAUUGCAACCUCACUGUGGAAGGACAGGAAAAAAACGCAGUGAGUCUACAGUGGGAGGCUUCAGGUCUAACAUGAAGCUGACUUCCACUCAUUUCUCUAAAUUUAUCCCCAUCCUGGGAAGCUGCAUGGGUGGGGAGGAAAUAACUGGGAUGGAUGCAACUGGGGUUAGCAUUUGAGGUAUUCAUUGAUGAGGGUGGAGGGGCUUUGUUGCUACAUCAGGAUGCUGUACAGAAGGACGGAGGACAAGUGAGUGGAAGGAAAUAGGGGGUCUUUGCAGCCAAUAUUCUCCCAAAUUUAUACAAAUGCUUUAUUGAUUAAUUGAUUGCUGGGCUGGGAGCCAUCCAAUAAAAUAAAAGGAGGCAGUUUCAAUGAGAAAAAGACAGAGAAAGCACAUACCUUACCUCAAUUUAAGUGCCAUUUAUUUAUUUUUAAAUUUUAAAUUUUGUCUACCACUUAAUCAUCAAAACCUGUACUGUAGAUGGUUUGCAUAAAACAUAAGAUAGACAUUAAAAUCCUCAGAAGUUAAAAAUGAGUUGAUCCAUUAAAAAGUAUUUAUAAAAUCACCGGUUAAAAAUAUAUGUUAUGAAAUAUAAAAGGGAAUUACCAAUUAAAAUGCUGACCCUACCUAUCUGGCUUAGGCUUGCCUAAGCAAAAACAUUUUAGAAGGCGCUACAAACAAUACAGCAAAGGUGUCUGCCAAAUAGCAGUGUGCAGGGAGUUGCAGCAUAGGGACUGCCCCAUUGCAAGACCGAUUCCUUACUUGUGCAGAACAGGCUUCCCCUAAAGAAUCCAGAAAAUUAUAGCUUGGUGAGAAUUCUCUGUUGCAGACCCUUUGAAGGACUACCUUUCUCAGAGUUCCAUGGGAAGAGGGAAGGAUGGCCCUCAUCCUUCCUACUAUUCUCUGGGAAGAGCCUGCAAAAAGCUUGACCAUAGAGAUCUAUCUUAGCACCCACCAAGGAGGAGAUGGCACGAAGCACAGCACAAUAAGAGCCAUCGCUUUGCCUGGAUACCUGACUUUUAGACAUGCAGGGCCCAUUAGCUGGUCCUGAUUCCUAGUUUUCAUUUUCAAAAAUUUUGUAGUGUUUAUAGCCUGGGAGGUUGGUGGGAAUAAUGGGAAAUGUGCAUUGCCUCCGAGGGAAUAUGGCAAUCCUGUUAAGGCGGUCCAUGAGGAGGUGCUUUGGUCUGGAUGCCCAUGCAAGGGGCUAGGGCCAUAGUACUCCUUGUGGAGUAGCACCUAUUUGAUGCAAGCCACAGGCUCUCCUCAACAUUGGUUUGACCCCUUGGUUGAUAAUCCAGCAGACAGGUUGGUUGAGGUCGGUUACAGCCCAAUGCCUUCACCAAACUCCUUACAGCUGUAAUCAAUAACAUUGUGGCCUAAAUUCAAACCAUACAGUGUCGUCACGAGUGGUCUUUUGGUCAGCGAUGCCCUGUGGGGUGGUGGGCUCACAGCACCUGAAUGCGCAAAUGGCAGAUCCCCAUGUCUUGAACACAUUAGCUCAGUUCUUUCUGGUGUUGGUUUCAUGCUGAAUUCUUCACUGUGACUCCCCCUUGUAUAUAUCGUCAAAAUAAAUUCAAACAGUAUGGCAGGCUGGGACUAUUCCCCUUAUCUCACACCGUAUGUGGCUAGAGCUAUGUCCACUCCAGCUAAUGUAUUGCAGGCAGGGUUUGCAUCCAGUCUGCUUUCAUCAUCCAUAUCCCCCCCCCCACUUCUUCUUCCAGAUUUCCUCACAGCGGGUCUCUGGGAAGUGUCCUCUUCUACACCCACCUGUUCCAAGGCUUUAAGUCCUCAUUUCUCCACAAUGCAAAAGAAGACCUCAGACGAGGUGGCGAAGGAGGUGCCAAUACCGAAAGUCCCAGCUGCCAACAAAGGGGCAGUGGAAUUCCUCUCGCUCAUUGGUGGGUGCCCCUUUUGAGGAGGGAGGAGGCUCUCCUACCCUGUUCUCCCCCAUGUAAGGGAGGGGUGCUGACAGCCAGGAGCUUUUUCACUAUCAACCUUUGAAGAUAUAGGAGUCUUAGGGCCAAAGUAGACUGACACUAAAAGCACCACUGGGAAAACCUUUUUUCUUUUUCUUCAUAGCAGGCACUGAGGGGCGGGGGUAUUGGUAUUGCAGCAGACAUAGAGGAGGUUUAAACCUCUCCUCAUCCUGCCACCCAGCUGCUUUCUAAUGAAUUUCCCCACUCCACUCCACACUGGGGGCAUUUUCAUUGGGAUUUCAAUAGGGGGGAGUAAAAGAUCCCCUGCCUGCAUGCUGCAGUCUCAAUGAAAAUGGGAGGGUCCCCCUGCACCUGCUAUUAUUAAAAAAUGAAAUGGAAUAGGAAUAUUCUCAGUGUAAUGUCGUGUCUAGUUUCCUCAGUUCCAAACCAUUAAGGAACACUAUUGGUCAGCGUGGGCAUGAUUGUAUCAGCAGGUUUGAUGCUAAUUCCUAAGGCAAAACCAAGUUUCCUAUCUUCAACAGCCAAUUUUGUGAGCCACCUUUUAGAUCUGGUACAAGGCUUUGCCAGAUUGACUUGCAAGAUGGUAUGUCCCAGGGCUGGGAUGGGGAAACUUCAGGGCAAUGCAGGCUUCUCUGUCUGACCCUCAGGACUUUUCCCAGAGCCCUUUCCCCCCUCUCCAGGCCACAUGCCUCACCAGCCCUGAACUGCACCCUCCUUGAGAGCUUUUCCCUCACUGGAAUGUGUCCUCAACCUCAGACAAUAUGGGAAUGUUCAGGGUGGCAGGAGAGGAUAUAUUGUUUAUUAACCUGGAAUGCAGCCCAUUUUCCCCACGCCUUUCCCUGGCUGACCAUCCUUUCAAAUGCUGCAAUGGAUCAUGGACAAAAUACCAGGCACAUCACAGGCAAGCAACUGGCAGGCCUUGGGGAGAAGCCAGGGAGAAAGGAGGUCAAUAUGACCCAGAUGACUCCAAACUUAGUGGACUCAUUCCUUCAGCUUUUCAGUUAAACACUUCCAUAUAGAACCUGGUUUGAUAUUAGGUCUCUGCUCAUGAGUUUUAGGGUUGGAUCUACCCUUGUCGCCAAAGUAGUCUGCAUCCACCACCAACAACUGGUUUCUGUUCUUGGGGGAUAUUUUCCCAUUCUGUGUGGAAACAGGUUUUUCUCUCUCUGUUUCCCCCAAAUGAUAAUGUUCUACUCUCUCAUCUCGCAGAACUGAAAGAGAUAAAGUACUGCAUUUUUGGGGAAUCACUGGUUGCCAUCUCGGAGAGUGGAGAGACUACUGGGACAUUCACCAUCUCAGUGGAGGAGACCAGCUAUUCACCAGACGACUGGGACGAAGAAGACCUGUACCUGGUCCGUGCCAGCAGCAAGGGGACCAUUGAUGGCAUCCCUUGCACAACGUCCAUUACAGGUAACUUCACUGUGAUAAUUUGGCAAGAGGAGGGUGGUGUUAUGGAGAAGGGAGAGAGUCGGCCUACUCCUGUGUCCAAAUAACAGCCUUCAGGCCUCAGAUUAUACAACUGGCAAUAUGGGACCUUGAAACUAUGGAUGCAGAGAUGGAGCUAUAACAUGAGAAGAAGAGAUUUAACCGUAGAGUAUUUGUACCAAGUGAAUACAGUCAUUUUUUGGUUCCUAGUGCCACGCUUCCUUAGUCUGAUAACUGUUUUAGACCCAAGGGAAGAAAAAGCUGAGCAAGGUUCCAGCCACACAGUGUGGACAUAGCACUUAAUAUUCUGCUGUAUCCCCAAUAAGGCCCUGCAAUUCCUGUUCCUAUAAGCUAAGGUUGUCAUACGUCCAGAAUUUCCCGGACAUAACCGGCGAUUGGCCGUCGGAAGCAGUGUCAUGGUGGAAUCCGCUGAAGCGUCCAGGAAAACCUGGACAUAUGGCAACCCAUGUCAGCAGUGUCGUUUUGGGUGAUUUUCCUUAAAAAUAGCUCCAAAACUUCAUUUUUAUUUAUUCUUUUGAGAUUUUGCCAAAAAACCUAAACAACUUUUCUGUCCAGAUUUUCACUUUUUGAAAUAUGGCAACUGUACUAUAAGCAAGACUCUACUACAUUUAAAAAAUUUUCCACUUCAUUGAAUGGGACCCAUGGGCUAUGAAACUUGUUCAGAAUUGUAGCCUUCAAUCAGCAAAGACCUCCUAAUUUUGUGAUGUACUUAUUUAGUACAUUUCUUUCCCACCUUCCCUCGAAGGAGCUCAAGGUGGCAUACAUGGUCUUCCCUCUUCCCAUUUUAUCAUCACAACAACCGUGUGAGGUACGUUAGGCUCAGAGACAGUGACUGGCCCAAGGUCACUCUGCAUGCUUCACAGCUAAGUGGGGACCAGAACCCCAGUUUCCCAGGCACUCUAACCACUACACCACACUGCUGUUCCUUCUCCCAGCUAUUCCCUUGUCGCUAACAAUAUGUGUUUAAUUUUUAUUUUAUCUUCUUAAUGCAGCUGGUAUAUGUUGACUAAAAGCCAUGGAGUAUUAUUUGUGCAUUCACACCCACUCCCCCAAGCAAUCACGUGUUUUGGUAGGCUGCCUAAAACCCAGUGAAACGAAUGAGAUUUAAGUAGUUCAUGCACAAUACUAGUCAUUCUGCUUUUCUUGUGUAAAUAUGUUUUGUCUGGAUCUGAGAGUUAGUACAAGGCUGAUGCUUAGAACCUUCUGCUCUCCUUCAAACACCUCAGUUGAGCUGCUUGUCUCGCUGGAAAAGCAACUAGGCAGAGAAUGAAGAAGAGCCAAAAACAGACCACUCUUUCCUGAGAUGGGUCAGUAGUGCUUUGCCAUUUCAUGGCAUUGGACAGAGUAGUGUUACAAUUGCAUCUUAAGCAAACAAAGAAAUGGCACAAAUUAGGUUGGGCUGACAGCACAGAAAACACCGGAAUGCAACAUUUUGGAAGAGAAAUCAUCUGGAUCCUGCAUAAAAACAGAGUGAACGAAUGAUAUCCAUUCCAGAGAAAACAGCUAGUGUGGAAUCAACCCAGUCACAGUAAGUUUGGCAGCCGUCACAGUGGUUUCUAGCAGCUAUCAGACACAACAUCAGGAAAAUUCCGAGAAAGGUAGGCAGCUUCAGGAACUCUUGGUAAAAACUGGAGUAUUUCCAAGGGUAAUAAAAAGGCAACCUGGGCUAACAGGGAGUGUUUAGGUGGCAUAACCUUUAACGUUUGUUUUUUAAACCUUUAUCUAUUCCUUUAUCAGGAUAUGUAACAAAGAAAUUGGAAACUGUGGAGCAGCACAAAAAGGAAAGUGUGAGGGUAAAUAUCUUUGUUUGUGUCCCCUUCACCAUGGCUACCUGGAUGCAAGAUAACAUCUAAACACCUGAAAUGAAUAAAUAAAUAAAUAAGAAAAUUCUCCAGUAGCACCUUAGAGACCAACUAAGUUUGUUCUAAACAUCUGUAUUCCUGACAAGAUUUCUCCUCUUCAUAUUGAAGCAUGCGGGUAGGGGAAAUCUUUUCAGGCCUGCCCCCCUUUUGCAGGUUUCCUUCAUGAUCUCCAUUUUCUGCUCUCCUGGGUAAACUUACUAGGAUAGUUGGCCUUAGGUUAAGGUUACCCGAUGUCCCCAUUUCCCAGGGACAGACCCCGGAUUUACAAAUCUGUUCCCUGACAAAAUCCGUCUAUUUAGUAGAAAGUUGAAAAGUGUCCCCGGCUUCAUUGAAAAAAAUCUGGUAACCUUACCUUAGGUCGCUUUGAAAUCAGUGGAAUAUCCAGCCCAUUCAAAAACAGGCUGUUGGAAAUGCAGUUGUCAGCCCACCUUCCCCCUGUGGGGACUGGGAUUUAAAGCAACACUUUAAAUCAGAAUAAGCCUUCAUCCUGAUUUGCUUUUGGGAACUGGUCUUGCAGGCCAAACUGGGACCCAUAAUUAGGCCUUGGGCCAGAGAUUCCCCACCUCUGCACUAGGGACAAAGGGCUUAGACAUAAGUACUCCUGAGUAAAAAAAAAAAUUUUUUUUUAAGUUCAUCUGUCUGGCAUGGAUGUAUCAUCUUGUGGUACUUACUCUUUUCUACAGUUCAGAGAGCACCCAGUGGAAACCAGGACCCAUGUGGUGAGACGCCAAGACCAGCUUUUUGUGAGCAAAACUGUGGUGGAAAGAGAUGUGAGUAAAUUCUGACCUCUCUUAAAGGAUUUGGAAAGUCAAGCCCAACUCCCUCCCUCUCUAGGUUAAGGGAAAUAAUCACACUAGUAAUUCAAAUCCAUGUAACUUUCAUGUCUGUUCACCUGUAAGUUCAUUCCAGCGCGAUAUCCCUAUUAAAUCCACACAAGCAAAAUUUUAUUGUACGUAAUACUUAUUUCUAAACAUCCCCCCUCCCUCAAAAUACAAGUUUCUAACUGCAUUUUCUCUUGAAAUAACGUGUUUUAAAAUGCAUUUUGAUUGUGGCUGUUGUUGAAUGAGAACUACAUGGGAACAAUCAAAAAGUGAGUUCUGACUCACACAUUACUUAUUCAUUUAGAAUAUUUAUUUCCCACUUUAUAAGCAAUUUACAAAAGAUCCUGAAAUAAAGAUUACAUUCAAAUCUAGGUUCAGGAACAGAAAUAACACAAUGUCCCUGUGGUGCGGAUUAUUCACAGCACUGGAAGGUCUGAAUCUGGUUAGUUCAUACUUAGUUUCGCAAGUACUGUAUCCCUCAAGCAUUCCUAGCUACUGUCCUUGAAUGUUAUCUAUAAUAACUUGUUCCACUGGUUGUCAUCAGGGAUUAACAGACUAUGAGACUGUUACUUUCCACUAUCUUGUAGUCUAACUACCUUGGAGUCCAGCCUUGUUGCAAGGCUUGUAAAGCAAUUUGCACCCUGUUAAGUAUUCUAAAUAGACAAACAGCAAUAUGGCAUACUAUAUUUAUGUAUUACCUUUAUACCCCUUCUUUCUUCCAUGAUGGAAUUCAAGGCAGGUGAUCUCCAGACACCAAACAGACCCAGAUCUCCUGAGCAUGUGCCUUCAGAUCAUGUCCCGGAACAACAUUUCUAUUGCACAUUUCCAAACCCUCCACCUUCAUUAUCUCAGUACUUACACCAGCCCACUAAGAAGAACAGCAUUGUCCUCAUGUUGCAGAUAUGAGCUGGUCUGAGGCCAAAGGAGUCAUGCUUAGUACCAAAUGCCACCUAGUGAAUUUGCAGCUGAGAUCUGAUUUGAACUGAGGACUUCCCAACUCAUAGUCUUCACCACUAUGCUGCACAAGCCCUCAUAACAGUCAGAUGACAAAGGGCAGCAAGAUCACAGUUUCCCAUUCUUGUCCCACGAAUGGCUAAGCCUGUCUUGAAGCACCAAGGAGUGGCAUCUAUAAGUCCCAAAACAAUUUCCCCAGAAUGACCUGUUGUUGUCUUGGAUUUGGUGAAAAUGUCUUUCCUCUAUUCUCUCUCACAGGAAGAGAUCCACGUUGACACAUUUUCUUACAAACGUGCACAGCUUCAUGGUCUAGUCUCAGAGUCUGCCAACUUCCUGGUGAUGCGGGUGAUGGCCAGGAGGCAAGCCGUACCACAGGAUGCCAUUUUCCUCGCAUUUGGCAUUGACCAGCACAUCUGCCCCUGCACCUAUGUGAGUGUGUCUUAGUGGGGCCCCCUGCAGGUGUUGGCAAUGCAUGAGGAAGUUUGUCUCGGGAAGGGCCGUAGACCAGUGUUACAGCACAUAUUGUGCUGACCUAUCCAGCUACGUAGGCCCAGCCCUUGGUAGAUUGGCAAAGAUUUCCACGUGAAGAUUUGACCAAAACAUGUAGGCCAGCUGACUGUCUAAAGUUAACUAUAUGCUGGCAGGAGAGAACAAGGCUUUGCUGCCUCACCAGCAGCACUGUUUUAACUCACCUUUCUCGUUCUUCACUUCGCUUCCCAGAGUUCCCUGGGCAUCCAGAAGCAGAAAGUGGGCAAAGAGGAGGUGGAGGUGUUUGUCAUUGAGAGAGUUGUGCACUCCAUGGACGAGGUCCCCCUGUGCUGGCAGUUCUACUUCCUGUCGGAUGGGUAAGGAGGCUCCAGUGCAAUCGCUUGUGCCCAGCCCUUCCUUGCAGGCAACAUGGCUCACUCCCUCUGACCUAGAAUAGCUUCUGACAGUCUUAUUGACAGCAUUCUUACUGUAGGUUUCCUAGCGCAGCCUGGUUUCCUUUGAAUGCCAGUGCUUUAAAAAACCCUAUUAUUAUUAUUAUUACAAAUACAUUGAGUACAAUACACAGGUUAAAUUCCCCAUCUCUCCCUCCCUUAUUCCACCCUAAGAACCAUAAAUGAAACAACUCAGUUGCAUUCCGUAUGCAAAAUGACGUGCAAAAUGUGGGGAGGAGAAGAGGAUACAGAAGAUGUUUGCAUCUUCGGUAUCCACCAAGAAACAUUUGUCAGUUGAUUAACGAAAAGAAACGCAUUGGUAAUGGCAGGAGAACUUCCCGUUCCUAGGCCUGGCAUGCCUCAUGAUGAUCCAUUCACAGCACAUCAUGAAGGCACCAGAGUCGCAUGCAGCUACAGUCCUGCAGGGCUCCUGCCUAUCUCUUACAGUUCCCAGGCAAAUAUGGGAGGGUCCAGCUGGCUAGUUUUCCUUCUUGCCUCCUCCACCCAGGCAUUUAUCUCGCCGUGUCCAGGUUGGCUCCCCGGCCACCAUGGUGAUCCUUCAGAUGCCCAUUCUGAUCGACACAGGUAAAAGGCAGCAGUCUGUGAAAUUUCCCUCCCUCCACCCCGUCAGCGGUUGGGAAUGGUCACCAGAGGCAAUUGGGGCAUUUGGUAGUUGAACCCCCUCCAGACAUCCUUUCUUCAUUGGACAUUUGUGAUCAUUUGCAAUUGAGGUGGUCACAUCAGCUUUCCAUACUGUUAGUGCCUGCAAAAGUUUUUGGGGUGGUCACGCUGCUUCAUUUCCAUGCAGUGUAUCUCCCAUAACCUCCUGCUGAAGUUUCUUACCUUUUUUAUACUACAAAUGUUCUAGUUAAUUUUUGUUUCAGUUCUGUUGUGCUAUUGCCCCUUUGGAAAGCAAAAACAUGAUAGCAAUUGGGGAAGUAAGUAAAGGUAAAGGUAAAGGGACCCCUGACCAUUAGGUCCAGUUGUGACCGACUCUGGGGUUGCGCGCUCAUCUCGCUCUAUAGGACGAGGGAGCCAGUGUUUGUCCGCAAACAGCUUCUGGGUCAUGUGGCCAGCAUGACUAAGCUGCUUCUGGUGAACCAGAGCAGCACACGGAAACGCCGUUUACCUUCCCGCUAGAGUGGUACCUAUUUAUUUACUUGCACUUUGACGUGCUUUCGAACUGCUAGGUUGGCAGGAGCUAGGACCGAACAACGGGAGCUCACCCCGUUGCGGGGAUUCGAACUGCCAACCUCCUGAUCAACAAGUCCUAGGCUCUGUGGUUGAACCCACAGCGCCACCCGCGUCCCUUAAUUGGGGAAGUAUCUCAAAGCAAACUAAAGUAGACUAAAUCCACCAUUAACACACUAUUAUUGUGUCAAGAACGCGUUGCAAGAUACACCCACAACAAAACACCAGUCUGGAGAGGCCCAGAAUCUGUGCUGGCCUCCACUGGGGACAGCAUCUGGGAGUGAAUCAACUAACUUGGGCAAAAUGCAGAAAUGCAUUCUCUUUCAUUUGGGCAUGGAUUGAAAUUUAAUUGCACUAUUUAUUUUUAAGAGCCAUGGAUUUCUAGUAUGUGAUGGACAUCAAUCUCUAAUUCCCAUGUUCCUAACUCUGCUUCAAUUUCCACCUCUUCCCAGAUGAACCAGACCCUCGUCCAGUCUUCGAGAAAAUCCCGCUGGAUUGGGAAGAGGAUGUGCAGCUGUAUUCCCAGUUCUUAGACAGAAAGGUGAGUUGUGUGGCAGCUAGAGUCUUGCCUACGCCCUUAAAAUGUGCCAGCUCUUGCCAAGGGUCAAUUAGUGGGCCUCCAAAUACAUAUAGUUCUACCUGAAGUACUUGGCACCAAACUGGAUAGAGCAACAACCUGAGAGACCCUCCUCUAACAGGGGUUUGGUUUCCUCCCUUCAGGAGGAGCUGCAAGCAAGCCAUGCCACCUAUGUGCGUCGCCACCCAGAGCUCCGUGCGCUGUUGGCAGAUUUCUUACAGCUGCUGCUCCUUCGCAAGCCUGAUGACGUGGUCACCUUUGCUGCGGAGUUCUUUGCCCCCUUUUCAGCAGAGCGCCCACCCUGCAGGUCGUUUCGGUCAUCCGACAAGCCCAGCCCCUUUCGCAACCACGUCUAAACUAUUCCAGCAGAAGAAUAAAGACCCAGAGAAUGACGCUGGGGUUUGCGGAAACUGUUUUUGGAAGUUGCUGGGGGCAUGCCCUGCCCAGAGGGGUGCAUGAUGACUACUGCUGUGUCCAGGGCAGAGGCUCAGUCCUGAGGUACGCUGCUUCCCAAAGGGUGUUAGGAGUGCUGCAGGGAGUAGGAACUGAAACCGCUAGCAUUUCCACACCCAGUGCAGAGCUGGCGACUCUGCAAAGUGGGAAGUGGUGGAAAACCUCCAGAAUGUGACAUUUUGGAUCAAAUGUAUCCUUAAAAAAGAAAAAAGAAGAAGGCAGGAGUUAAACUUUAUAACAGACUUCUCUGAAUUUAAAUUUUUGGCUUUAGAGACGAAAGCUCAGCCAAUAAAUAAUUGAAUCAAUUGAUGGAAAAUUUACAAAAAGUGAGACCAAAUAAAGUUUUUUCCCCUAUUAUUGAAAACAAUGAGUUUAAAAGGUGCGUCUAAAUAUGUAGACUUCUGUGUGGAGGAACAGCUAAUGGCUGUGGAAGAAGAUGCACUGGCCUGAUUCAGAUGUAACUGAAAACUAUGGUCAAAAGUGGGAAGCUACUGUUUAUUGCAGCUAGAAACUUAGCAUCUCCUCUCCUCCCGCAGGAGGGGGAGGAGGUGAGAAAGGUAGGUGUGACUGUACAAACCGAUGGCUCAUGUCUGCUCAUUGUUAUAUUUGGAUCAAACCUUGAAUAAGGUAUCAAACAAACGUUAAUUCAGAUAAAUCUGCAAGUGUUCUAAAAAAAAAUCAAGAAGUAGACAUCCUUUCCGAAGAAUGGAAGGAGAUGGAAAAGGUGGCGUCAGCUCUGUUUCUAGUAUAUCUGUCAACAUUAAGAGCCAGUCAUUCUCACUCAGGCAGGUCCUUUUUUCCAGUUACAUCGGUAGGGACCCAGCCUUUACAUUUGAAACAUGUAAAUAGCAAGAUCCCCAUCAAACACAAUUUUGUUGUUUUGUCUAAAUCAAUAUUAGAAGUUACAACAUUUAAACAUGCACCAAAACCUUAAAACAUUUAAAAUUGAAAUUGUCCUCAGCUAUUCUCUCGCAAUACCCCUCCUGAAAGUUCAACAUUUUACAGAGCACCAGUUAUGUUCUCUUCAUGUAGAUAGAUCUGACAAAUUUUUUUUGUACUUACUUAGGAGAAGGGCGAUGUUUACAUGGGCCAUUUUUGUCUUGGGAAAGAGAACACAGUUGUCAGGGGUUCAGGGACAGAGGCACAGGGUAGGGAGGAGAUGGAGAGCGAUGGGGAUGAAUCCCAGGACAGCGAGGAAGAGGAUGACAAUGACUCAAGAGAUUCCAUGAGUCUUUCCAGCGAAUCAGAGGAUUCCCAGAAGGGAGCGCCAGUGGUCAAGGCCAGGGGAGCCCCAGGGGGGACGUGUCAGGAACAGGGGGCCAGCGGGGGAUCCCAAAGUGGCAGCUGGGCGUCAGGACCAGCCUCCCUGCCAGAGUGCAGCGAAGGGGGUGGAGGUUCCAGUGUAUCAGGGGAAGCAGCUCCGGCAGCAGAGAAGGGAGGGAGGUCGGAGCAAGCCACCCUCCCGGAAGGGGAGGGAGUAGUGAAGGGAGUAGUGUAACUGUCAAAAGGAAAGUUAGAGGUUGGGCGCGCGCGCAGGUUCAAAUGUAGAGCGCGCGGAAGUACAGGGAGCCCGGAGGAAGAGCCAGGUCCUAAAGCCCGCAGGAGGGGGAAGAGCAGUCGGGGGAUAGCGCGUCAGGGAAUCCAGGAGGGCGAAACCCCAGCAGGCAGGAAGACCCUGAGGAAAAGGAAGAGCGAAAGAGGUGGAGCAGCGCAAGGCUCUUAAACUGGUGCAGGGGGGGACUGACUCAGAGGGGACUUCAACGGUCUAAGCGUACAGACGUGGGGCUGCGCGCCUCGGAUAUGAAGCAAACAAUGAACUGCAAUAAACACUUUUGUAUAUAAGAAGAGAUUGGCGUUGGUCUUCUGUGAGCUGAGACCUGAGGCAGCCUUGACAACAGUAAAUGUAGGGUUUUUAAAAAAGAAAUGUUGUGCCUAUUAUCAAACUAUGAAAGUACAGCAUAUUCUUAACACAGUUCUUUUAGCACAGUAUCUCAUCCUACUUGGUAAUUGUUCCAUAAAGGGAUAUUUGUUUGUUUGUUUGUUUGCUCACUGACUGAAAAUGUUUUCUGUACAAAAAUAUUAUGUCUGCGUAGGAAAAGCGGUGUACAGGGAUAGCCCUCAGCCAUCCAUAGAUAAAUGAUGAUACUACUACUGGGGAUAUUCAAUUCCAUAAGCGCAGUAACCCAUAGCUAACAGGGAUUCUUACAGUGCGUUGUAACUCAUUUCUCACAUUUUCCUUUGGUUUUGCAUUUUUGAAGCAGGGGUGCUAUUUCAGCACUGGCCACCAUGCUGUUUAAAAAACAAAACAGGAAAAUGAAAAACUUUCCUGAAAACAUUGCUAUGAGUACCUCUGAUCCCCUUUGUGUUGGGCAACUCCUCUCUGCUCCUCAAAAUUACAGGGCAGAUACCCAUUUCAUCUUGCUCCAGUGUCAGGGCUCUGACUGAGUCACCCUGGAUGAGAGUUAUGAGGCAGGGGUGGUUUUUUUGCCUUUUCCCCCUUUUCCCCCAGGCCUUGACAUCUGUACUCCAGGGGGCAAACCAGCUGCUUUUGAACUUACUAGCCUCCUUCCUUCCUCUCUCUUGCCUAUUGAGAAACCAGAACCUUUCCAGCUGCGAAAGAAAGCAGCAUAUUAGUAAGAAUCACGGCCUUCAUACAGUCAGUCCCUCAAGCUUGAUAUUCAUUCAGCGUUUUGAAUGAUUCAACUCAGUGGCCACUCUGGUCCCAGAUGGGCAACAAUUCUGUGGGAAAGAACUGCACAUGCCCUUGUUGUGCUGGGCCUUUAAACAUUACACCAAUGUUGUGGGAUGAAACUAUGGAAACAUACCUCCCACAUCAUUGUAGUAACCUCUUUUAGUGGGCAUGGUCCUCCAGAUGUUGCUGGACCGCAACUCCCAUUGUCCCUGGCAAUUGGCCAUGCUUGCUGGGGCUGAUGGGAGCUGUCGUUCAGUGACGUCUGGAGGGCCACAGGUUCCCCACACCUGCUGUGAAGGGAGCAAUAAUAAACCAAGAAAGAUCCCUUUGAAGAAUAAAGGAGAUCAGUUGUGAGAUAUGAGCAAAACGAAAACAUAGCUCUUUUGCUCACCUAUAUUUGUACUCCAAGGCCAGGAAUGGUCCAGGGGCCAAAUCCAACCUGCUGAGGAGUACUUAGCUGCCCGCCUUCAUCAAAACCAGUCAAUAGUAAGAUGGCGGGUACAAGGAUGGCAUGCUUGCCAUCUGUUUUCCACAGUGAGCUUGGAGUGUAGCUUGUCCCCUUACACAGGAGGCGGACAGGUUCUGAGAACUGGGGAUGUGACUGAGAUGGUGACUCAGCAUCAUGUGAGGCCAGUGUUCAACGUCCUUCACAAAUAAGCUCAAUGUGAUAAAGACAAUUUGCAACCAUUUAUGUUUCUUCAAAGGAGGAAACAGGGCUCUCUGGAAUCAAAGAUAAUGCUCUUGUACAGAUGGAAUGGAUACUUGUGGUUUAAGAAAAUUAACACCCCCAAACUUCAAUUAUAGUUACUCAACAAAAAGGAAUUCAUUUCAAUAGAGGUUAUUGUCAUGUGAUCUUUAGGUUUGCAUCAGUGAAGGCCUUGUGUAAUAUGAGAACAAAGAAAAGGGGUCAGUGACUGCCUAGGGCCUGUCAAACCCUAUCAAGGUUUGUGUUUAUAUGAGCUAUAAAAGUAUACAGUAUGUGCAUUUACAUACAGCCAUAUGCUGAAGCUUAGUGUAGCUGUACAUAGUUGGUAGCCUGCCUGCAGCCAAAGAACUGUCUAAAUAGUGAAUUUUAAAAAAUCAUAAGACUACUUUAAAAAUUAUAUUUAUUAUUUAUACCCACUUUUCUGUAGCAUGCAUCCAAAGUAGCUUGCAAAAAUUGAAGCAAUCAGUAAUACAAGACAAUCUUUUGCACAAUAAAAAUGCAGCACUGAAGUCAUUAUAUGAACAGCAAGCAGCUGUUACCAAAACCCACUAUCAUCACACCCAUCAGUGUACAUGGUGCUUUACAGAGAACCAAAAAAAGGCUGGUCUCUUCCCCAAGGAACUUGACAUUCACUUUAUGUCAUGGUCCUCACUGCCCCUCUGUAAGGCAUUCAUUGUCUUCAGAAGAGCCUUCCUGGAUCUUGUACAGCAUCCUGCUUCCCAGAGGGCCAACCAGAUGCCUCUCAGAAGCUCACAGAGAGGACAUGAGGGGGCGGGUCCCUCUCCCAGUCCAGUGGUGUUCCUCAGCGACUGGUAUUUUGAGGCAUGCUGCCUCUGAUACUAGAGGUAGUAUACAGCCAUAAUUACUAAUAGUCAUGGUUAGCCUGAUCUCCUUUUGAAGCCAUAUAAAUUUAUAGCCAGUAUCACACUGAGUAGAAGUGAAAUCUGCAUUAUUUAACUGCACUGUAUGAAGAAAUGCUCAGUUUUGUCUGUUCUUAAUCUCCCAUCAUUCAACUUUAUUGGAUAACUUUUCAUUCUAGCUUUAUGAGUGAAGGAGAAAAACUACUCUUCAUCCACCUUCUCACCAUACUAUGCAUCAUUUUUAUAAACCUCUAAGGUGUCUGCCCCUUGCUCAACUUUUUCGGAACUAAGAAUCCCAAAACUUUAUAGCCUCCCCAGAGUUACUCCUGCUUCUUAAUCAGUUUCUUAAUCAGCCUUUUCUGAACCUUUUUGAGCUUUUUCACCAUCGGCAGAAGUCUCCUAUGCCUAAAAGUAUAGGACCCCUUUUUGUCAUACGUCCGGAAUUUCCUGGACAUAUCCGGAAUACUGCAGUCGGCAGCAGUGUCUGGGCAGAAAUCAGCAAAAUGUCCGGGAAAAUCCGGACAUAUGGCAGUAUGGCAGCUCAUGUUGGCAGUGCCAUUUUUGUCAAUUUCCCAUAAAAAUACAGUCAUACCUUGGAUCGCGAAGUGAGUGUUCCGGUUUUCGAAUGAUUUUUGGGAGCCAAAUGUCCGUCGGGGCUUCCGCGGCUUCCAAUUGGCUGCAGGAGCUUCCUGCAGCCAAUCAGAAGCCGUGCUGGAGUUUUCAAAUGUUUUGGAAGUCAAACAAACUUCUGGAACGGAUACUGUUCGACUUCCAAUGUACAAGCGACUAUAGCUCAAAAACUGCAAUUUUUAUUGCAAUUUUAAAGCUCAACAACUUUUCUGUCUGGAUUUUCACUGCUUGAAAUAUGGCAACCCUAUUUUAGGACCUACAGUUGGUAAUAAUUUCUUUUGGCUUUCUGCCCCAUAGUCCACAGACUUCAAAAGAUCCCUUGCUAAUCCACUUCUUCCCAGCCUAUUGCACACAGCCUUUCAGUCCCACUGUCACUGGGAACUAUGCAACCUUUGGGGCAUAUCUCACAUUCUCCACUCAACCUCUUUUUCCUUCAGCUCCUCAACCCACCAUUUUCCUAGCCCAAUGUCUAUUUCAUCCUUCCUUCUUUAACCAUCCUCUCAAUCAUUCCUAGCAUUUUAAGGUUGUGCCUGGGCCUUUUAACACCUGUGAGACAAGCAGAAAUUCAAUAGGUAAAUGUUUCCCCACUUAUAUCUGCACACAGGGAUCUCUCUCUCUCUCUCUCUCUCUCUCUCCACAAACAGGAAAAACACAAGUACAGAGAUAAUGAUUUAAUUAUGGGGGCUGCUUGCUUUCAAUUUGGCCUGGUGCCUUAAUGGAGAGUAGCGGCAUGGCAGAGAAAGUUUGCUUUCAAACAAAGAAGCGACUGUUCCUAUUGAAGUGAGCGCACGUUGAGUGCCAGGAAUAUGAGGUUUGUUCAUGGAUGACUAAUGCAGUUGUGUGUCUCAAAGUGUGGCAAAAUCUGGAUAAUUCCUCUACCACACAAACACCAUAAAAUCCCUCAGUUCUUCAGCUUGGAAAUCACAUGACUUAUUCUACCUACAAACGUUAUCAGCUGGCCAGGGAAGAAAGCACCUCCUUGGUGAACUCUCUGUCUUUUCUGUGAACAGCUUUAUGGGCAAAAAUAAAUCAGGUAAAACUUUUCAUUGUGCAGAGGUAAAUGCCAACAGCUCCAAAUGUCCACAAAUCAAACUGCUUGGAAAGUUACAGGAGCAGGAUCCUGGAAUCGUAGAAUUGUAGAAUUGGUAGGGAACCUGAGGGUCAUCUAGUCCAAUCUCCUGCAAUCCAAUACAGUGGUAC